AUGAAGGACGGUAUUAUGGAUGAUACCUUCACCUCGGCUCCGAGCCAGGUCGUUGCUGGUCUCGACGAUAAGCACCAUGUUCCUCUCCACCCAACAGGAGGCGAUUCGUCUCCGGCUACAUACGAGAACGGACAUGUCAUUCCCACAGAGGAGGAGAUGUCUACUCUCCCCAGAAUCGCCGGAAAGAUGCCGUGGACUGCAUAUCUUCUUUGCGGUGUCGAGUUUGCCGAACGAGCUUCAUACUACGGGUGCAAACAAGUCUUCAAGAAUUUCAUUCGUGGCCCUCUGCCUAAAAAUGGGAAUGGCGCUGGAGCUGUUACUAGUCGCUCUCCAGCAAAUGCAAGUGCUGGCGCUCUCGGAAAAGGCACUGUCAUUGCAUCGGCGAUGACAGAUGCGUUUACAUUUCUUGCUUACGCACUUCCCAUUUUCGGAGGUUGGCUUGCCGACAAGCAUCUCGGUCGUUUCAAAACCAUUUGCAUUGGAGUUGCGAUCUGUGGCGUGGCUCAUGUUAUCAUGAUCAUUGCUGCUGUUCCCAAGUUCAUCCAGAACGGGACUGCCAUUGGACCCUUUGCCCUCAGUCUUUACCUGCUCGCCAUCGGUGCAGCUUUGUUCAAGCCCAAUAUUGCCCCAACUGUUCUAGACCAGAGUCCCCACAGAAAGCACCAUGUCGUUGUCCGAAAGAAUGGCUCCAAGGCCAUUGUGGAUCCCGAGGCUACUUCAGAGUCCAUCAUGCUGUGGUUCUACCUCCUCAUCAACAUCGGUGCCUUCAUCGGUGUUGCAACUGCCUAUCUUGCCAAGUUUGUCGGCUUCUGGGCUGCUUAUCUCGUCCCAGGUAUCAUCUACUUCAUGCUACCAGUCUUCUUGCUCUGGGUCAACAAGGCGCUCAUUAAGAAGCCACCUGGAGGAACUGCAUUGGAAGAUUUCGUUUACGUCAACUACCUCGCUCUCCGAAAGGCUGGUAUUACUGGUAUCGGACGCAAAGGAUACUGGGACCGUGUCAAGCCGUCCGCGCUCGCUGCCGCAGGUGACACCAAGGUUUAUCGAUUUGAUGAUCGUUUCGUCGAAGAUGUCCGAAGAACAAUGGCUGCCUGCGCUAUCUUCCUCUUCUUCCCAAUCCAACAGAUUAACGAUGGCGGUCUUGGUGCUGCCGCCAAUGCUCAGUCAGCUUCAUUGACCAACAACGGUGUUCCCAAUGAUGUUCUUGAUAACCUCAACCCCCUCGCCAUUAUCCUCCUCAUUCCAAUCAUGAAUCACCUCGUUUAUCCCGCACUCCGAAAGAUGGGCAUUCGUUUUGGACCGAUUUCCCGCAUGACCUUUGGAUUCCUCAUCGCAUCGAUCGGAGCCUCCGCAUACGCCGUCAUCCAGUACAAAAUUUAUGAGACUUCUCCCUGCGGCUAUGCCGCUAGCACUUGCGAGGUCGAGCCCCUCGUCUCACAUCUCUCGCUCUGGCUCUACGCCAUCCCAACAGCAGUGACAGCCUGCUCGGAAGUUUUCAUCAACGUUACCGCGUACGGACUUGCUUACUCUCGAGCGCCUCACCACAUGAAAGGGUUCGUCAUGUCGCUCUCCCUUUUCAUGACUGCUAUCUCGACUGCCAUCUCUCUCGCCACUGCUGAGGCCAUCCAAGAUCCAUACCUGAUCUGGUGUUUCGCUGCGCCAUCUGUUAUUGGAUUCAUUGCUGCACCAAUAUUCUACUUCCUCUUCCGUCACCUAGACAAUGAAGAUUUCUUCCUUGAGGAAGAUGCGCACCCGCCUUCCAGCGAUGUCGAGAGCGAACGCAACUACGAUGACAAGAAAGUCACUGGCAUUACCGAGACCCCAGCUAGCAAGGUCUAG